AUGAGGGCUCUGGGCUCAGCGGGAGCUGCCCGGGUCUUGGUCGCCUUGGUAGCGGCGGCUCUUUGCGGCGCCCCUCCGCCUGGAGUGACCGCCACCUUCAACUCGGUUCUCGUCAAUUCCAACGCGAUCAAGAACCUGCCCCCACCGCUGGGCGGCGCUGCCGGGCACCCAGGCUCCGCAGUCAGCGCCGCGCCGGGGAUUCCGUACGAGGGCGGGAACAAGUACCAGACCCUUGACAACUACCAGCCGUACCCGUGCGCUGAGGACGAGGAGUGUGGCACGGAUGAGUACUGCGCCAGUCCCACCCGCGGAGGGGGCGCGGCCGUGCAAAUCUGUCUCGCCUGCAGGAAGCGCCGAAAACGCUGCAUGCGUCACGCUAUGUGCUGCCCCGGGAAUUACUGCAAAAACGGAAUAUGUAUGCCUUCUGAUCACAAUCAUUUCCAUCGGGGAGAAAUGGAAGAAACCAUUAUUGAAAGCUUUGGUAACGAUCACAGCACCUUGGACGGGUACUCGAGAAGAACCACACUGUCUUCAAAAAUGUAUCACACCAAAGGACAAGAAGGUUCUGUCUGUCUCCGAUCGUCAGACUGUGCCACAGGGUUGUGUUGUGCUAGACACUUCUGGUCCAAGAUCUGUAAACCUGUCCUCAAAGAAGGUCAAGUGUGCACCAAGCACAGGAGAAAAGGCUCCCACGGGCUGGAGAUAUUCCAGCGUUGUUACUGUGGAGAAGGUCUGUCUUGCCGGAUACAGAAAGAUCACCACCAAGCCAGUAAUUCUUCUAGGCUUCACACCUGUCAGAGACAUUAA